AGCUUGCAAGUUGCAAGCCUGCUUUUCUACCGCCAGAAGCCCAAUCGACUUGUGCUUUCAACAGUCGACUCUAACAGUCGGCAUCACUCGAGGCGACAACAGCGACGAUUACUGACUCUAACUUCGACAAACCGGAGUGAUCCUGCGGCCGUGGAUUCCAGUCGACUCUAAUAGCAGUGGCGUGAUUCUAGUACUUUCCGACAGGCAGCCUGUAAGCGCGAUAGCGCGGCGACGAUUCCGUCUUCCCCUCGGGGGGCCCUGCAAGCGCCGCGCUCGUCGUCACGGCCCGUGACGUGACGACACGUGCCUCUAAGUCACUCGACGGAAUCUCAGCGCUGCACCCGCCAGCUCUUGGGGAAAUUCCCGCACUACCACCACUACUGGUGGCUGCGCCGCUGCCAGAGCGGGAGGAAUGUCGGCGCGGCUCUCCGCCCUUGCCCGCAUUUUGAGGCUCGUUCUGUCUCACAACUGUGCACCCUGCCGCCGACAGUAGUGGCUCUGUACCAGUAGUAUUCCCAUUACUCGUCGCACCUCGCAGUACCUAGCAGUACCUCGCAGCACCUCUGCGGCUAGUACUCUCUGUACUCCUAUUACUCCUUCUAGCAGAACCGGGAAGGCCAGUGGCAUUCCAUGGGCGUGGAGAGGGUGGUACCUAGCAGGCGCUGCUUCUCCUCAUAGCAGGUCGAUCCACACCGUGCAUCUCGGGUUUGGUCUCGAGUUUUCUCUCGGGUUUUAAAUCGCCGGUCGUCCUAAGGUAUUUUGCAAGCAGGCCGUUGAGAAUUAGGCUGAUUGGAGCGCGGCGAUCACAGCACUGAAGAGGCCUCGUGAGGAGUACCAGCACUGCUGUCAGCAGUGCCAGUGCAAGAGGGAGUGGUAAGGUAGGAGCACCAAAGAGAACUUGGGGUGAAGCAACGGAUUGUGCCGAGUAGGCGGCACGAUGGUGGCCGUACUCAGACUCAUCCUGCCGCUGCCGCUGCCGCUGCCGCUGCUGCUGCUGCUGCUUCUGGUGGUUGGGAACAACGUCUCAGUGCCCCACGCCGGAGCGGCAGCAGCAGCAUCGUCAGAGACACCUAUCUGGCACAGCGGCAGGAGCUGGGGACACCUCUCUAGGAAACUCACCCGUGAUCUAACCCCACCACUAGGCCAAGCCAAGGGAUAUCAGCAGCAAAACGGCGAAGAUGGGCCUGUAGGGUGGAUUCUAAUGCGAGAGCAGAGGGACGGUAGGCCAUUUUCCGGCAAGAAGCAACACCUGCUGGUAGGUUCAAGACCGGCGGUGGACAACGAUAGCGUGGGGCAUGGUAGCAAUGGUGAUGCUGUCGCGCAGCAAGAUGAAGGGAGGAGAGAUUGGGAUAUGAGUGAAGGGGUGAGUGGAGAAGAGAUGGUAAAGCAGCAGCAGCAGCAGCAACUGGAGCAGCAGCAGUGUCCGUACAUCGCUGGUGCUCUCCCCACAUGCGGCAUGCGUCGUGAGGAAGACGAGGACGAGGAGCAACUGCUGCUGCUGCAGAAUCGCCACGGAACGAAGCACCAGGAACGACCGCAACGACAGCAGCAGCAGCAGCGGCGGCUGGGGCAAAACCAUGAGCAGUGGCAGCAGCAGUGGCAGCGGCGGCAGCGGCGGCGGUUGGUGAACACGACGCCAGUGACAUACCGAAGUGGCACCAUGAUGUAUAGGCCCAUCCGCGUGCACCUGGUGUGGUACGGCGAUGCCUUCACUGACCGCUUCAAGACUGCCAUCCGGCUCUUUGUUAGCUCGCUCGCGCCCUCUGCUGACCCUGCAGUCACCGUGCCCCUCUGGUGGAACAUCAACCGGAUGUACUACGACAGUGACGGACGCAACGUCACAGCAAACAUAACCCUUGGCAAGGAAGCAACUGUUACCAGCACCGGUAACCUGACGACGUUUGACGCUACAGUGGACGUGGUGCGGCAGGUUUUGGACGCAGGGAAGCUGCCAAUAAGCGAGGACGACAUAUACCUGCUGCUCACGGAUAAGAACACGGUUCAGAGUGGUUCCAAGGAGAACGCUGGGGCGCGCUGGUGCACCAGCUACUGUGCUUGGCACACGUUCUUUGACUAUAACACCACCGCCGCUGCUGCUGCCGCUGGCAGUGGCAGUGGUAGCAGCCUACCUAGCAACAUUGUUGCCAAGAUUGCCUGGGUCGGAGACCCCACCAUCUGGUGCCCCGGCUGCGGCCUCACCACACCACUCCUCGACUACUUCGCCUCGCCCAACGGCGACCCCGUGCACGAGGCCAUAAUUAGCUUCGCUGCGCACGAGAUCGCCGAGACGGCGUCCAGCUGGAACAUGCGCACGUGGCUUGACUCCGGCCUCUAUGAAAAUGCCGACAAGUGCCAGACGUGGUUCGGGACGUCUACUCAGCUGAACGUGGCGUCGGCGUCGGCCGGAGGGUUGUAUAAUAUGAGAGGGGUCAACGGGUCGAAGUUUAUCGUGCAGGCUAACUGGGACCUGGUGUCGAAUAGUAAGUGUGUGCUGACUGCGCCGACCCCCCCGGAUCCCCCUCCUCCCCCUCCUCCCUCUCCUCCCCCUCACCCUCCUCCAACACCGCCCCCUCCUCCCUCCCCUCCGCCCUCUCCCCCUCCCCCACCUCCCCCACGUGCCCAGGCCCCAGCCACACCGCCGCCAGUGCCUGAUGCUGUUAGAAGGUUCCGGGCUUUUAUCUGUAGGGUGCUGAGGCGAUGUAAAUAAAGUAUAUGGGGGAGUGCUACAUGUGUAGAGUUGUGGAAUGAAGUAGGGAGCAAGCUCAUGGUACGUUUCCAGUAUUGGAUCUUGUGAGUAUACUUAUACCAUUGCUUUGCUACUG